UCUCUCUCUCUAAUUGUUUUAUUUCACAACAUGUUAUCAGCAAGAACGUGAAGGCAAAGUCUUGAAACUGCAGAGAAGGGGACGUUCUGCUUCCUUUUAAGCCCUAGGAGGUGCAAUGAACGCAUAUCCGGGAGGCAAUACUGGCGCCACCUGUGCAGGGUGCACCCUGAGGUAGGCCAAGCAUAUGUGCUUUGGUUAGAUCUGUCCCUGCCCUCUGAAACAAACGACGAGUCGAAAGCAACAGGGGAAAAACUUCACGUUCUCUCAGGAUGACGCGACAAGAACUGUCGCUUCUUGCCUCCUGCUUUGAUCUUUCUCUCAAAGGACGAACGCUGCGAGGGCUGGAGGGCUUGCAUUUUGGACAUGAAGAAUGGCCUGUUCAAGAUUAGGCCAAUGGUUAACUCUUCUAGUAUGUUUACUGAUAUUGCUGAAAGCAGAAAGCCACCUUGUGGGAAUCACUCUUGUCGAGAGUGCAGUUGCUAAAGGAGCUGUUUGUUUGGAUGGGAGCGCACCCGCUUACCACUUAGACAAGGGAUUUGGUGCCGGAAUCAACAAUUGGUUGGUUUAUUUUGAGGGUGGAGGAUGGUGUAACACCGUUGCAACUUGCCUUGAUCGCUCGAAUAAUUUCCUCGGUUCAUCAACCAAAAUGGAAAAGACAAUGUCGUUUUCUGGGGUUCUUAGUAACGAGCAAAAGGCUAAUCCAGACUUCUACAAUUGGAAUAGAAUCAAAGUUAGAUACUGUGAUGGCUCGUCAUUUACUGGUGAUGUUGAAGCGGUAGACCCUGCAACAAAUCUUCACUUCAGAGGAGCAAGGGUUUUCCGUGCCAUCAUGGAUGAUUUAUUGGCAAAAGGAAUGAAAAAUGCUCAAUCUGCUCUUCUAUCUGGUUGUUCGGCUGGCGGAUUGGCCUCGAUUCUUCAUUGUGAUAACUUCCGUUCUCUUCUACCUGUGGAUACUAAGGUGAAAUGUGUACCAGAUGCUGGUUACUUCAUUAAUGCGAGGACGGUGUCUGGAUCACCAUACAUUCAAGCCUUUUAUAGUGAAGUGGUUGCGCUACAUGGUUCGGUGAAGAACUUGCCUGCAUCCUGCACUUCAAGAAUGAGUCCAGGGCUGUGCUUCUUCCCACAAAAUGUGGUACCACUAACCCGGACGCCAAUAUUUUUCGUCAAUGCAGCUUACGAUUGGUGGCAGAUACAGAACAUUUUGGCACCGGAUGUUGCUGAUCCUGAAGGUGCCUGGAAAAAGUGCAAGCUUAAUAUAAAGAACUGCUCACCCAGUCAGCUUCAAACCAUGCAAGAAUUUAGGUUACAGUUCUUAAAAACGAUUGCUGGUGCGAGCAAUUCUUCAUCUCAUGGGUGGUUCAUACACUCUUGCUAUGCCCAUUGCCAAAUUGAAAUCCAGGAGACAUGGCUUGCAGCUGACUCUCCUAUGUUGAGUAAGACGACAAUUGCAGAGGCUGUUGGAGACUGGUAUUACGACCUCACUCCGUUCAGAAAGAUCGAUUGCCCUUACCCUUGUAAUCCCACUUGCAAAAACGCUGAAUUUUUUUAACGAUCAGCUAGUGGGAUAGUUUCUAUGUGGUAGCGAGCGCUUGGAUCCAAUAAGAUCUAGGAUAUUUUAACUUUAUGGCUUGUAUUACUUUGGGUUAUAUGAUUUGUAUAAAUAAAUGCAUAAGGCCAAGCGAAAAAUAUGCAUCUACAAACAGCUGAGCCCCUUCUCUCUAUAGAUGUCCCUCACUCUAAUUAUUUUAUUUCACAAAUAGCUGAACCUCUA